UCUCUUGUUGUCCCUGAUAAGAAUCAGUUUCAACACAUUCUUCGUUUGUUGAACACCAAUGUUGAGGGUAAGACCAAGGUAAUGUUUGCUUUGACUGCCAUCAAGGGUGUCGGCCGACGUUAUUCCAACAUUGUUUGCAAAAAGGCAGAUGUUGAUUUGACCAAGAGGGCUGGUGAAUUGACCACUGAAGAAUUAGAGCGUAUAGUCACAAUCAUCCAAAACCCUACACAAUUUAAAAUUCCGAAUUGGUUCUUAAACAGGCAAAAGGACAUAAUUGAUGGAAAAUAUUCACAGGUCUUAGCUAACGGUUUGGAAUCAAAAUUUCGAGAGGACUUGGAACGAUUGAAGAAAAUUCGCGCCCAUCGUGGCUUGAGACAUUAUUGGGGACUAAGAGUACGUGGUCAACACACCAAAACCACUGGCAGACGUGGUAGGACUGUUGGUGUAUCCAAAAAGAAGGGUGA